AUGCUUUCCGCCCUCUUAAGUCAACCCAAGAAUCAAGUGAAACAACCAUACCCACAAACAGCAGGAAGUCAGCCAUCCUCAACACCACAAGCCGGUGAGCCAAGAAAAGUGAGAAGCAUUUGAAGGUAUUCCAAAAUGACGUUCCGUUUACUACAAAUCCAAUACUUGAAGACUCCAAGGGAUGUUCCAUUACUGCGACACGAUAUGCAUUUUUUGAUUCCUGGUGUUCUUGUCGCAAAGAUACCAAGUCAAGCACAGGACAUCAACGCCAUGUUUCCACACACUCUCAUGUACGAACUGGCGAGAAUAACAACUUCAGAAACACUUUUGAGAGGCUGGUCUGUAUAUGAUAAUGGGCUCCGCACAUUGACCUAUAUGCACACUAACUUCAUAGUUAGGGCCAUUCAUUCGGCACAAAAUAUUACGGCCGGCGAUAACGACCCCCUAGUACUUUACUCGUUCGCUUAUUUGUGGCUCGUUAAAGCAAGAGAAGAAGAUGUUGCUGGGCACUGGGAUCACCAUCAUGGAAACGACUAG